AUGAGUUACAAUCAACAAUACUAUGCGAAUCCACCAUCAAACAACUAUCCUUCCUCGCAGGGUCCUCUGGAUACAACAAUCCCAAUCAUACCACACGUUCACAAGUCUCAAGGCAUGAGCACAGGCUUUGAAGCCAAUCCAUCCUCCUACAACCAGGAUAAUUCCAACCCUUUCAUCUCGGGAGAACCGGAAAUAGUCAGAGACCUUAGCUUUAGGGAUGAGAAAAAGAUUGAUAUCAAGGAGGAAAAGAUUAUCGAAGCUCCCCGGGCUGCUCCGCCAAAGCCCACUGCCUCAAAGCCAACACCAGUUCAUCUCAGCGACUCGGUCAAGUUCUGGACGUGGUUCAGUCCGUAUCGUCAAAUAUUGGUCUUGACUAUUGGCAUUCAAAUGGUAGCAAUCCUGGUUACUCUCUCUGGCGCAUGGAUAUAUCCCAGAACUCACAUUUCAGCCAUGGUCGGUGGAAAUCUGCUGGUAGCUGUUGGCAUCCGUAGUGAAUGGGUUAUGCGUUUCCUUUAUUGGUCUUCCAUCAAGCUUAUCAGAGGAUGGGCCCCAAUGAAGUUACGGGUCCUCGUUGUAGCCUUUUUGUACCAUAUCGAUACUUAUGAUUGGCAAAUGACUCCAGGUGGACUGCACAGUGGCUGUGGAGUGGGUGCAAUGUUGUGGCUAGGAUUAUCGUGGUCAUAUCAUCUACUCAAUCGUGAACUAUAUCACUCCGUGGUCUUGGGAACAUUGUUUUUAUCCUUAGUAAUCGUGGUGACGACAUGCAUCGUAGCUACUCCUCUGGUGCGAUCAAUGUAUCACAACGCCUUUGAGAUAACACACCGAUUUUUAGGAUGGGCCGGAGUUCUUUCAAGUCUUGCAUUUGUUCUAACUUCAAGUUGGUGGGAUAUCAACACCCAUAGUUGGAAAACUUCAACUUCUUACUUGAUUCAUCUAGAAGAAUUUUGGUAUGUUAUUGCACUAUUCCCCUUAGUCAUCGGCCAAUGGAUCACUGUUAGACACGUUCCCGUCACUGUUUCCGCUCCCUCCUCUAAAGCUUCAGUCAUCAGAGUUCCAGGGGGACUUACAUCUGGAGUCCAUACUCGUGUUUCCCGUGGAGGUCUACGAGAAUGGCAUAUCUUUGGCUCAGUUAGUGAGGGCAGGAAUUCUGAUUGUCAUUACAUCGUCAUGGCUGUCCAAGGAGGUUUCACGCGUGCGAUGAAUCGUGACCAGCCUGCCAAAUUGUACACCAAGACUUGGAAGGUGUGGCAAUUUGUACCGGGUCAGGAAUUGGUGCCGUAG